CCCCGGCAGGCAGCGAGUGCCUCGGCGGCCCUGCGGCAGCAGCCGGGCGCCCAUGGCCCGGCACUGAGCCCCCUGCCUCCUCCCUGCCUCAGGGGCUGGCCUCGGGGCCGCUCGCCCCGGGGAAGCCGCAGUACCCCCGGGUGGCUCCGGGGAGGGAAACAGGACAGGCUGAGCUGCUUGCGCUUGUGUUUUUUCGGGACAACAGCAGGCAGGAAGGAGAGGGGCGCAGCGGCGGGUGCUGUGGCUCCUCAGGCGCCAUUCCCCUAACCGUGUACCCCUGUCCUUCCGGCCCAGGAGCUACAGGAAGAUGGCGUGCCUGCCUGCCGCCCCGCCAGCGCUGGGGUUGAGGAGGUGGCUGGGGCUCGGGUUCUUCAUGCUACUCUGCCUUAGUUUAGGCUAUGCACUGGAGAAGAAAGUAGUCAAAACCAAAGUGGGGGAAAAAGUUGGUCUGCCUUGUUGUCAUGAAAUUCCCAGCUCGGAAAGCCUACACAAUUACCGGGUCUACUGGCAGAAGAACACUACGAAGGUAGUGCUUGCCUAUGCACAGGGGGAGAUGAUCUUCAAGCACAAGCAGUACGAGAACCGGACAGAGAUGGACAUCAGGAACCUCACCCUGUGGAUCUCCCCUGUGGAAAUCCUGGACAAUGGCUCUUACCAGUGUGUAGUUCAGCAACUCAGAACUUUGCAGAACUCAUUUGUUGUCUGUGAUGAACCUGUCACCCUCUUUGUCACAGCUGACUUCAGUAAGCCGAACGUCACAACAGAAGUAUCCGCUAAAUCGUGUGAAUCAACUGAGAUGGUGGUAAGAUGUUCUUCUCAUGGAGGUUUCCCCAGACCCAAAAUCUCUGGAUUUCUCAACAACAAGUCCGUGGUGUGGAAUGCCAGCUGGGUGUCCGAGUCCAGCCUCAGCCUGUACAACGUCACUGGCAAACUAUGGCUCAACGUGACCAAAGACGUCAGCUUCACUUGCUCCGUUGAAUACAAUGGCUUUGCCAAGUCCACCAGUUUGCUUCUGCAAAAAACAAGUAACUGCAUUGUCCCUACUGUGCCUCCAUCUUAUAAUGUCAUUACUGCUUCAAGUAUCAUCAUUAUCAGCUUCCUUUUGGCUAUCACCCUGGCAGCACGAUACCUCCCGAGGCGUGUCUGUUCUUACUGUUCUAAGCAUCAAGAUUCAGUGGAAGAAGGUGUGAAAGAAUGUACAAAGCCACCCAUGAGCUCUAAAGUGUCAUCUGAAACAUCAUCCCUAUGACCAGAUCGCAUUUGCAGGUUUCUUGUCCCGUGCAUUCCGCACUGCAGUCCCCACUGCUCGUUGUACAGCAAUGCUUAUUGCGUUGACCCUUUGGCUCUCUGAAAGGGGACGACAGCAGUAGAAAACCCUGCUCAGGAAGACUGACAACGUAAUCUUGUGUGAAUGAAUACAAAACCCCAACUACGCCACAGAAACUGCGAGGUGAUCUCCUUACAACGGGGUCACUGCGAUGCCAGCCGGGAGGACCCUUUGUGUUCCUGCAGUGGAGCGGAAGAAGAGCGUCGUCAGCAUCGACACGCCAGUUCGAGAGCUUGGGCUCCUCUGGCUUUGAUGCUGGCUCUAUGAAAAUUGGGGUCUGCAGAGCCCUAGCAGGUAGCCCACGCCCGCCUACCCCUGUAGUGACGCCGAGCUGGCCUUUGGGAGACCCCAGACCCCGACACACAAUCUCAAGUCAGGUUGUGCCUCCGUCUUGCAACUGGGAGCAGCUAAAAUGUCUUUUAUAUUCAGCCUCACGCAGGUACCUGCCAGUACUGUUUUCUGUGCUGAAGGGCUUUGGAUUUGGAAUUGACCAUUACAGAUGCAUGUCCCUUUUCCCCUGAAGAGGCAAUAAUGCACACACUAUUCAUGAAAAAGCACCCUGGGGUGGGACGAUACGCCUCAUGAUUAUUUUCAGUGCUAUGAGACUUUUUAGGGAAUGAUACAUACUGAUGGCACACCUAGCAGCUAACUAAUAUUGCUUAUCUACAGCAGUGGCAGAAGUUCUCGUAACCUUUCUCUCCUGAAAGGACGGCCUUGCCAGCCCAGGUACCAAGAUACCAGCUCCUCCAGUACAUUACUCGGAGAUCCAGGAGCACAUGGUGGUGCGUGUGAGUGCACGCAUGUGCACACCUUUGCACAUACACACGUGCAAGCUUUUAUAUGCAUUCCUUCCUACCCACACUCGCAAAGCCCCAUUUAAAUUUCUGUGACACUCAGUGGUUAUCUAUCUACUGUAAUGAAGUGUAACUCAGGACCUUGCUUCAUAAACACAGGUCUGCUUUAGUUCAUACAUUUGCCUAGGAAUACUUGUUAGGGUAGGCUCUCCAGGUUCUUGGAACUCUCUCAAGACACAUAGGAAUUUACUUUGCAUUGAACGCUGCUGCUUUCUGCCAGCGUUCUCUCUACCCAGCCAGGACUUGAAGGAAGUUCCCUGCAGGAUGCUAGCAUUGGAUAGGACUCAUCUGAUCUGGGUGAUACUCUUGCCUACUGUGUAGGAAAAAGCGGUUUCUCAUUUUGAGGGGAAAAGAGGAAAAACCCCCAAGCCCCAACAAGCUUCCUAAGCAACCCCGCAUACUAACCUAACUCAACCCUGCCCUCAGUGUGACAGGUUUGUUUUUCCCUUUUGCUCUGUCCCACAGCAAGCUCUGCCCAUUCCCUUACUGCUCUAUCCAUGUGUGUAGUCAGCAGGGCAAAGCGAAGUCUAAAAGCACCACGCCGUCCUCUUUGUGGGGUGUUUUGUUGCUUGAGCUGUUUAUCUUGCUGGAACACAGCAAAGAAAUAGUCCAUCCAUUUCACUUUUUUCUAGCGGGUACUUAUUGAGGGAGAAAUUGCUGGAGGAAAUAGGAGGACUAAAAUUGGUUUAUAGAAGAUUGAGCUAUGAGAGGUUAAGGGAUCAAGUCGCUAGUAAAAAAUAAGACACCACUCCCUUUCUACUCCUGCACAGUCAUGCUGCACCGUCAGCUUUUUUACUGCUUUCCCACUGUAUGAAGUGAAACGGGAACUUCAGAACAUUCUUACAGAGGGUCUUUUGACAGAAAAGGAGGUAAAGUGAGUGAUGAGGAAGCAAUAGUCUUUGCCCUUGUGCAUUCUGGUUGCAAGCAGAACAUAGGUGACACAGAAGUGUUUCCAAAAGGCAGCGUGACCUUACUGCAGGACUUUGUGUAUGGGCGAUGGUGUCUCUUACUUUUCAAGUUUCCUUUUCUUUCAGUCCAUGCUUGUUCUUUCCAGCACAAACUGCUAGCUUCUUGCAGGCUGAACACCCUCUUUGUGUAUUUACUUUGCUCAUUUUCAACACUGCGCUUCCUUUCCUGCUAUGACCACAACGUAUCAGCCACACCACAGCUCUGACAGUCAUACUGGCACGUUUUCCCUCUGAUGACCUCGUGCUCUUCUCCAGCUCCUGACUGAUGAUCACACAGCCUCCUCAAGAAGGGUUUGCCUUUUGCACUGUGCCAAACCUCUCUACAUCACCACAAACUCCUGUGACACUCUAAGUAACUCCUUCUAAAGGAAACAGAAAGUUUCACUGACAAAUAUGUCUAGCAUGUUUGGUUUUAUAUUCUUGAUGGGCAGGUUAUUUGGUUUAUUUUUUCCUUAAGCAUUUAUGCUAUGAUUCAUGUUUCCUAUUGCCUUAUGCUGUAUUCAGUGAAUUGCACACAAAUGGUUUCUGUGAGACCUUUUCAGCUUAAUACCUGGGUCUUUGUACCAGGUGGGCUGCUCUGUUAUCACAGGUAUUUUGUAUAUAAUAUUUUUUCCUGGGGUUCCUCCUUUAAUUGUAUUAAAAAAUAAACGGUAAACUCAAUUUCCUCUCCUCGGUAA